UCAUUUUCUUCGCUUUCAUCAUCAGUUCAUGGAAAUCACUCCAAACCGUUUCGAAAACCUAAAACAAUCCUUUUUCUCUGUUACUCUUCCAUGGAGUUUCAAUUAUAUUCGAAGCUGGUGGAAAUGCUAAACCUUCGAGGAUUCCUCAAGUUUGAGACUUUCCAGUUCUGAUCGCGGUAGCACAAUCUCUCCAUCUUCAUCUGGUUCCCGUCAUUGCUCGGUGCUGAUUUAGUCCUUUAGGUUUCGAUUUUGAUUCGGAAGUAGGAAACCUAAUUGAAAUUUUGUACUCUGUUUUUGCCCCUUUUGGCAAUGAAGUUGUUCUGGGUGGCGGUGUAAUUUAUUCUUUCAUUGCUUUAUGGUCAAAGUUCAUAGAUUUGAAUGUUUCUCCCAAGUACUGUACAAUCAACAAUUAUCAUAACAUCAUACCAUUGUUAUAGUGGCGUUUUUUUUUCUGUUUCAUAACGUUGCUUUGAUUUUUUGGGAAAAGGAUGAAAAAAAAAUCAUAACUGAUAAUUCUCAUAGCUCCUUGUCAUUGUAAAGAAACAAUCUCAAAUAUAACAUUAAAAAUAAGGGGAAAAAGAUUAUCACUUUAAUAAUGGUGAUCCAUGGAUUGAGCAAUCUCAGUAAUGGUCAACAAAGAUUAGGCAUAACUGAGCCUAUUUCAUUGGCUGGACCAACUGAGUAUGAUGUGAUCAAGACCCGGGAACUUGAGAAGUACUUGCAAGAUGCUGGAUUAUAUGAGAGUCAGGAGGAGGCAGUGGUUAGGGAGGAAGUUCUUGGCAGGCUAGACCAGAUUGUGAAGACAUGGGUUAAAACCAUAAGCCAUGCAAAGGGACUCAAUGAUCAACUGGUGCAUGAAGCAAAUGCCAAGAUUUUCACCUUUGGCUCAUAUCGGCUAGGGGUACAUGGCCCCGGAGCUGAUAUAGACACUCUUUGUGUGGGACCUAGACAUGCAACCCGAGAAGAGGAUUUCUUUGGUGAGCUACAUAAGAUGCUAUUGGAGAUGCCACAGGUAACAGAGUUGCACCCUGUGCCUGAUGCUCAUGUCCCUGUGAUGAAAUUCAAGUUCAAUGGAAUUUCUGUAGAUCUCCUGUAUGCAAGAUUAGCUUUGUGGGUUAUUCCUGAGGACUUAGAUAUAUCGCAAGAUUCAAUAUUGCAAAAUGCAGAUGAACAAACUGUUCUUAGUCUUAAUGGUUGCAGAGUAACUGAUCAAGUCUUACGUUUGGUUCCUAAUAUUCAGAAUUUUCGCACCACAUUGAGAUGCAUGAGGUUUUGGGCAAAGCGUCGUGGUGUUUAUUCAAAUGUUUCAGGUUUUCUUGGUGGUAUAAACUUGGCAUUGCUUGUUGCCCGAAUAUGCCAGCUAUAUCCUAAUGCACUGCCUAAUAUGUUAGUGUCUCGAUUCUUUAGGGUAUAUACUCAGUGGCGGUGGCCUAAUCCAGUCAUGCUUUGUGCUAUUGAAGAAGGAUCUCUUGGACUUCCUAUUUGGGAUCCUAGAAGAAAUCCCAGGGAUAGAUAUCAUUUGAUGCCUAUAAUUACUCCUGCUUAUCCUUGCAUGAACUCUACCUACAAUGUGACAUCAAGUACUUUGCGUAUUAUGUCACAGGAAUUUCAGAGGGGAAGUGAAAUAUGUGAGGAAAUGGAGGCAGGAGAUGCUGAUUGGGACACCCUUUUUGAGCGUUAUCCCUUUUUUGAAGCUUACAAGAAUUAUCUACGGAUUGACAUUGCUGCGGAGAAUGCGGAUGAUCUCAGACAAUGGAAGGGCUGGGUCGAAUCUCGCCUCCGGCAGUUGACACUGAAGAUCGAGAGGCACACUUAUGGCAUGCUUCAAUGUCAUCCACACCCUGGUGAAUUUUCUGACAAAUCUAGACCUUUCCAUCAUUGUUACUUUAUGGGACUUCAGCGUAAGCAAGGAGUUCCAGUGAAUGAAGGUGAACAAUUUGAUAUAAGGCUAACCGUUGACGAAUUCAAGCACUCUGUUAAUGCAUAUACUCUAUUGAAACCUGGAAUGGGCAUCCAUAUUUCCCAUGUGAAACGACGUAAUAUACCUAACUUCGUAUUUCCUGGCGGUGUCCGACCUUCCCACCCAUCUAAAAUAACUUGGGACAGUAAACGAAGUUCUGAAUUAAGGGUUUCUGGCCAGAAUGGCCAAGCAGAAAUGUCUCAAGGAGCUGUAUCUGGAGCAGAUGACGGGAGGAAGAGAAAACGAUCGGAGGACAACAUGGAUGAUAACUCGAAGGUUUCCAAGUCCUUAACAUCUUUAACGCCCUUCAGCCGGGAAGAUCACGAAGAUAGAACUUUUAUUAGCGCUUCCAGUACUUGUUCUGUGAAGUUUGAUGAGACUCAAGUUAACAAUAUGGGUGACCAAAAGAGUGAGAAACCUUCUUUACAAUUUCCAUCUGGGGAUAGUGAGACCAAUGGAUCAUUGAGAAUCAACAGAGAACUCGACCCUAUACUUCCCGUUACUGAUACAUCUGUUUCUAAAGAAGAAAAGCUAUCCAGUGACAAGAUCAUAUCUGGUCCAUAUGAAGCACAUCAACAUCAAGCAUUUCCAGAAGAACCUGAAGAGCUUGAAGACAAUAAUGCGGGUAGUAAUCAAGUUAGAGACAAUAGUGGGGAUAUGAAAAGAGACAACUCGGACUCUUCAAUCUCAAAGUUGGCUGUCUCGGGACAUCCAGUUAUUUCCAAGGAAACAUGUUCGACUCAGUUAUGCACUAAUGGGGGCAUGGAGGAGCUUGAGCCUGCUGAACUGACAGCACCAUUAUUAUGUAUGAAUCCUGCACCUCUACCUCAGAAGAAGCCUCUUAUCAGGUUGAACUUCACCUCUUUAGGGAAAGCUUCUGACAAAGAAGGUACUUAGACGCUUAAAGCUUAGGCUGCUAGCUGGAAAGCCUUCAUUUUUGUAAUAACUAUUAUGCAGUGAACAAUCCUGAGCUAGAAAAGCCAUCAAUGGAGGCUUGAAAUUGAGACUCCAUGGGAGGGAGAUUCCUAUCCUGAACUAAUGUUAAUUUCUUAAUGGUUGGUUAUUUGAUUUGGUCACUAUUUGGCUUGUCCAAAUUUGACCAAGGUUAAUGUUUCAACCAUAGUAAGCUGGGUUUGUAAUUAACUUAAUUUUUGAAUGUGUCUUUGUAUAAUUUUGAAAAGUAUUAGUAGCCCCGU